GGAAGUUUGUCACGAGAUUCUCCUCGUCCUAUCCGAUGUCGAUUGUAGCUGUAGUUGCCGUGUAGAAUGUCAAUGAUGGAGGAUGAAGAGCUGGAAUUUGCAGAUGAUUUGGAUGCGAUUCUGCAUCUUACGCCCGAGGUGCAGCAGGCCAUCGAACAGGUUUUCCCUAGUCAGGAUCCAUUGGACAGAGCAGAUUUCAAUGCUGUGGAAUACAUCAACACCCUUUUCCCCACGGAGCAGUCUCUAGCCAACAUUGACGACGUGGUGAACAAGAUUCGUUUGAAAAUUAGGCGCCUGGAUGACAACAUCCGGACUGUGGUGAGGGGUCAAACAAACGUGGGACAGGAUGGCAGGCAGGCUCUGGAGGAGGCCCAGGUAGCAAUCCAGCAGCUCUUCAGCAAAAUCAAAGACAUCAAGGACAAGGCGGAGAAGUCGGAACAAAUGGUGAAGGAGAUAACGCGAGACAUCAAGCAGCUGGACCACGCCAAGCGCCACCUCACCACCUCCAUCACCACCCUGAACCACCUGCACAUGCUGGCGGGGGGAGUGGACUCGCUGGAGGCCAUGACACGCAGGCGGCAGUACGGAGAGGUAGCUAACCUGCUGCAGGGCGUGGUCAACGUGCUGGAGCACUUCCAGAAGUACAUGGGCAUCCCGCAGAUCCGCCAGCUCUCCGAGAGGGUGAAGGCGGUGCAGAGUGAGCUGGGCACUCAGAUAUUGGCCGACUUUGAGGAGUCUUUUCCCUCUCAGGGGUCAAAGAAACCUGGGGGUCCCAGCAACGUUUUGAGGGAUGCCUGCCUGGUGGCCAACGUCCUGGAGCCCCGGAUCAAGCAGGAGAUCAUCAAGAAGUUCAUCCGUCAGCACCUCUCGGAGUACUUGGUGCUGUUCCAGGAGAACCAGGAUGUGGCCUGGCUGGACAAAAUAGACCGGAGGUAUGCCUGGAUCAAACGCCAACUGGUGGAUUAUGAGGAGAAGUACAGCCGCAUGUUCCCGGCGGAGUGGUGCAUGACGGAGCGGAUCGCUGUGGAGUUCUGCCAUGUCACCAGGGCGGAGCUGGCCAAGCUGAUGCGAGCCCGUGCCAGGGAGAUCGAGGUGAAGCUGCUUCUCUUCGCCAUCCAGCGAACCACCAAUUUCGAGGGGUUGCUCAUCAAGCGUUUCUCAGGCUGCACUCUGAACGAUGGCGUGCCGAAAAAGGUGGAAUCUCCCCUCGACGCAACAAACCCCUUCCUGGAGGACGAGCCAGGGGAGGACGCCGUGUCAGAGAAAGAGGAGGAGCUGGACAAGCCCAGAAAGCCAAAGGCCCCAGAGAACCCGUUUCACGGCAUCGUGUCCAAGUGCUUUGAGCCCCAUCUGUAUGUGUACAUCGAGUCUCAGGACAAGAACCUGGGCGAGCUGAUCGACCGCUUCGUGGCGGACUUCCGCGCCCAGGGCCCGCCCAAGCCGGGCUCGGAGGAAGGGGGCGCCGUGCUACCCAGCUGUGCCGACCUCUUUGUGUACUACAAGAAGUGCAUGGUGCAGUGCUCACAGCUGAGCACCGGCGAGCCCAUGAUUGCCCUCACCACCAUCUUCCAGAAGUACCUGCGGGAAUACGCCUGGAAGAUCCUGUCUGGGAACCUGCCCAAGAACAGCAGCAGUUCAGGCGGCGGGCUCACCAUCAGCAGCCUUCUGAAGGAGAAGGAGGGUUCAGAGGUGGCCAAGUUCACGGUGGACGAGCUGUGCUUGGUCUGCAGCAUCCUGAGUACUGCAGAGUACUGCCUGGCCACCACCCAGCAGCUGGAGGAGAAGCUGAAGGAGAAGGUGGAGAAGUCUCUAGCUGAGAGAAUCAACCUGACGAGUGAGAUGGACACCUUCAGCACCGUGAUCUCCAACAGCAUCCAGCUGCUGGUCCAGGACCUGGAUGCAGCUUGUGACCCGGCCCUCACUGCCAUGAGUAAGAUGCCCUGGCAGAGUGUGGAGCACGUUGGAGACCAGAGUCCCUAUGUCACCUCCAUCAUCAUGCACAUCAAGCAGAACGUCCCCAUCAUCCGCGACAACCUAGCCUCCACCCGCAAGUACUUCACCCAGUUCUGCAUCAAGUUCAUCAACUCAUUCAUCCCGAAGUUCAUCAACCACCUGUUCAGGUGUAAACCUGUUAGUAUGGUUGGAGCUGAGCAGCUGCUGCUGGACACGCACUCGCUGAAGACCGUCCUGCUGGACCUGCCGUCGAUCGGGUGCCAGGUGCUCCGCAAGGCCCCCGCCAGCUACACCAAGAUAGUGGUGAAGGGUAUGACGCGGGCUGAGAUGAUCCUCAAGGUGGUCAUGGCCCCCCAUGAGCCGCCAGUGGUGUUUGUGGACAACUACAUCAAGCUCCUCGCCGACGGUAACCCAGAGACCUUCCAGAAGAUUCUGGACAUGAAGGCCCUGAAGCGCAGUGAACAGAGCAGCAUGCUGGACCUCUUCAGACAGAGGCUACCAACUCCGCCAUCAGGGGGCGACAGCGGGCCGACUCUGUCUUUCAAUGCCCCGACUCCCGAACAAGAGUCCUCCCGCAUUCGGAAACUGGAGAAGCUAAUUAAGAAGAGACUUUAAAGUUGGGACGGCUGAGCAUAUGUGUCCUGUUUUGUUGUUUUGUUUUGUUUUUUUAAAAGGGUUUGAUUGACACUGAGAAAUGUCUUUUAAAUGACACCAUUUUUAUUUAUUGUAGUCUUUGUUGUAUAUUGCUUUAGUGUUUUUGUAGUGCAUACAUAUCUCACAGAUUUCCUUUAUCCAGAUUGAAUUAGAGAAGCUGGGCUGUUUAUCUGAUUUUUUUUUCCCCCAUUUCCUGUGACCUUUGAUCUUCCUUAACUUGAUAUUUUCACUCUUAAAAUCACUGGUUACUGGGGACUCAUUUAUGCUUCGAAGGGGGCAGAUAGUGCAAGAUCUCCAUGACCUUCCAAAUGAGUCCCCAGUGAGCCACCAGGCAUUUCUGCUGGAAGCCGUGUGCACGUCCCGUACCUUUAUCGCUGUUUGUACACCUGGGGGCGUCCUUUUCCUGAUACUGCGGCUCUUUAUUCCUCAUUUCCUCUAGUUUUCUUGAUUGCUCAAAAAGUUGGAAAAGCGGGACUGACCUGGCGCCUAUCAGGAGUCCCUUAACGGGCGCAUUUGUUUAACCCCUACGUACCCUGCCGGCAACGUAACCUGUUUCACUGUGGCACAGUUAAUCAAAAAGACUUCCUGGACUAUGAGGAAAGUAACAAAAAGCCACAGAUGUCCGUGUUGAUUCCUCUGAACCCAGCAGAAAGCUGGGAAUCCAUUCAAGGCCCAAAGCACAAAUGUGCACUGUUUGCUGGGAGUUCCAGGUGAUUUUUGGAAACCUAUUUUGCAUCCCUGCCAUGCAGAAAGAGACUGGGUUUUGCUCUGGUGCACCAGUGCCUGCCUCUGGACUUCUCAGGCCACACGGCAGAAAGGCGGCUUUCAUUCUUGUGUCAUACUCAAUACCGUAAGACAGAGUUCCCCAGUUCGGUCCGGGAGAGCCAGAAUCCAACACGGUUUGCCGAUUUCCUUGCUGAAACACAUCAUAAUCAGUUAAUUGCCAGGUUUAAUAUGUGUGUUUGAACAGGGAGAUCUGCAAAUUGUGUUGGAUUCUGGCCUCCCAGGACCGUAAUUUGUGACCCCUGCCCAGAGGAAGAUGCUUAAAAUCCCUUUAGGGUUAUCAAUUUGCCCUAUGAAGGUGGGGGUUCCGAUGAAUGAUUAAUAAUGACCUGCUAGUUCAUGGCUGUUGCUGUAUACAUUCCUGCCUUUCCUUUGUAAAAUGAAAAUUCCUUUGACAACAGAAAUGUAGCUCACAUGUGCUUGCUGUACAUUACGGGACACUAAUAAAAAUUCCAAAGGAUGA